UACCCUCUGCAAUUACUACUGCUACUAGUCCUCCUCCAUAUCGCUUCUCUCUCUAUUCUUAUCUCUCUCUCUUUCUCUCUCUCUCUCUGCCAUCUCCACAUCUUCUUUCUUUCUUUUCUUCUUCAUCUUCUUCUUCAACCUCUCAUCUCCUUUUUCUUUUGGUUCUGAUUAUCUAUCGUAGAGACUAAUUUCAGUCUUUCUCUUUCAUCUCCAAUUCUCCUUAAAUUCUAUUCACAAGAAUGGCCUGAAACCCACCCUCCCAACUUGCUUCCUAACCCAUUAACUCCUUCUCAGCCGUCGAUUUGUUUUUCAAAUUCAGAUCUGAAUUCCUUCUGUCUUCCUCCUAACCCUAAUUCCUUUUAUUAGGGUUUUCGUUUGGCACGAUGAAGUCUGUCUGAGAUCGUUUCUCAACUUCUCCACUCAACAACUAUUUAGCGCUAAGCUAGCUGGAGUUCUUCACCAAGCUUCUGCCAUAGCCAUAUACAUCAUCAGUCAAUCUAUCUAUCUAUAUAUGUAUCUCAGCUCAGCUCAGCUCAACGCACUCACUUUCGAAAUCCCAAAAGGCUACUACUUACUUCUACACCCCAUGAUUCCCCCACAGAGAUACUGAGAAAUCUACAUCGGAAAAAGGGUUUUCUAGGGUUUCUCCGCAGCUUCAACGGCCCCUUGACGAUGAAUGCCUGAAAAAAAGGAUAUAUCUCUCCCGGCAACUUGGAAUAUCUCUCCCCUUUCUCAAAAAGAACUGCAGAUUUACUGAAGACCUGGUUUUAUUUCGAUAAAGAUGUUUCAGCCAAACAUAUUUGAUAGUCACCAUCAGUUGCUGGACAUGGCAACUCACAAAACCCCAGAGAACGAAAUGGAUCUUAUAAGGGAUGAAGAAUAUGAAAGCAAAUCAGGCACUGAUGUUAUGGAAGGCCACUCUGGUGAUGAUCAAGAUCCUAAUCAACGUCCCAACAAGAAGAAACGAUACCAUCGCCACACACAGCAUCAAAUCCAGGAAAUGGAAGCUUUCUUCAACGAGUGUCCUCACCCCGAUGACAAACAAAGAAAGGAGCUUGGGCGUCGUCUGGCUUUAGAACCUCUUCAGGUUAAGUUUUGGUUCCAAAACAAGCGUACACAAAUGAAGGCACAGCACGAACGCCAUGAGAAUUCGCAGCUAAGAGCUGAGAAUGAAAAGCUUCGUACCGAUAAUAUACGGCUUAAAGAAGCUCUAGGCAAUGCUACUUGUCCAAACUGUGGAGGUCCAGCAACCAUUGGUGAGAUGUCAUUCGACGAGCAGCAUCUCAGGCUCGAAAAUGCACGCUUGAGAGAAGAGAUUGAUAGGAUAUCAGGAAUAGCUGCAAAAUACGUCGGAAAACCAAUGCUUUCAUACCCUCAUCUUUCCCCGGGAGCAUCACGAUCCCUUGAUCUUGGAGUAGGGAAUUAUGUGCCACAGGCAAGCAUGGCUGGGGAUAUGUAUGGAGCUGCAGAUGUUCUUAGAACUGUCUCUGGACCAACAGAUGCUGACAAGCCAGUGAUCAUCGAGCUAGCCGUUGCAGCAAUGGAAGAAUUGAUUAGAAUAGCUCAAGCAGGAGAGCCCUUGUGGAUUGCUAGCACUGACAAUUCAGGUGAGGUCAUGAAUGAAGAGGAGUAUGCUCGAAGUUUCCCUCGCGGGAUUGGGCCGAAGCCCCUGGGAUUCAAAUCUGAAGCCUCUAGAGAAUCUGCUGUUGUGAUUAUGAAUCACAUUAACCUUGUCGAGAUCUUGAUGGACGUGAAUCAAUGGUCAAGUGUCUUUGCCAGCAUUGUUUCCAGAGCAAUGACUUUGGAGGUGCUGUCCACUGGUGUUGCUGGAAAUUACAAUGGAGCUUUACAAGUGAUGACUGCUGAGUUCCAAGUACCUUCUCCUUUGGUCCCAACUCGGGAAAAUUACUUUGUAAGGUAUUGCAAGCAGCACAGUGAUGGAACUUGGGCAGUCGUUGACGUUUCUUUGGACAACCUCAGACCUGCUGCUGAUUCUGUAACAAGAUGCAGGCGUCGCCCUUCUGGUUGUUUGAUUCAAGAAUUGCCUAAUGGCUACUCAAAGGUCACUUGGGUUGAGCAUGUGGAGAUAGAUGAUAGGGCUGUUCACAACAUAUACAAACCCUUGGUCAAUUCAGGGAUUGCAUUCGGUGCAAAACGUUGGGUAGCAACUCUGGACAGGCAAUGUGAGAGGCUAGCAAGUGUGAUGGCUAAUAAUAUUUCAGCUGGAGAAGUUGGAGUGAUAUCGUCCCCAGAAGGUAGAAAGAGCAUGCUGAAACUGGCUGAAAGAAUGGUGAUGAGCUUCUGCUCGGGCGUGGGGGCCUCGACUGCGCAUACAUGGACAACUCUGUCGGGCAGUGGCGCCGAUGAUGUCCGAGUCAUGACUAGGAAGAGCGUUGAUGAUCCUGGCAGACCUCCUGGAAUUGUGCUCAGUGCUGCAACUUCAUUCUGGCUCCCGGUUACCCCCAAAAGGGUUUUCGAUUUCCUCAGAGAUGAGAAUUCUAGAAGUGAGUGGGACAUUCUUUCUAAUGGUGGGCUUGUUCAAGAAAUGGCACACAUUGCCAAUGGCCGUGAUCCAGGAAACUCAGUCUCAUUACUCCGUGUCAACAGUGCAAAUUCCAGCCAAAGCAACAUGCUUAUACUCCAGGAGAGCAGCACUGAUUCGACAGGCUCUUAUGUGGUUUAUGCUCCCGUCGACAUUGUCGCUAUGAAUGUUGUCCUCAGCGGCGGCGACCCUGAUUACGUCGCCCUCCUGCCAUCUGGUUUUGCAAUUCUCCCCGACGGACCCAACAGCCAUGGCGGCGGGAACCCUGAGGUCGGCUCCGGCGGAUCCUUGCUGACCGUUGCGUUUCAGAUAUUGGUCGACUCUGUCCCCACUGCAAAGCUCUCUCUGGGAUCAGUGGCAACUGUUAAUAGCCUCAUCAAGUGCAGCGUUGAAAGGAUCAAAGGAGCAGUUCUCUGCGAUGGUGCAAGGCCUAAUUAAGUUAAAUUAAAUUAUUACUCCAUCAUGGUAGGUUGGAGAUGGAGGGGUUACUGAAAUUAGGGUUUGUCUGAGGAGGAAGAAGAAGUCAAGAACGCACCUUGGAUACUUAAUCAUAUACAUCCUUCCUUGCCCAGCUUUGUGGUGAAUUUGAAUGUGACAAUGGCGAUCGGGUUUGGUUCACCGCCGGGGUAAGGGUUUGCGGGUUCGGGUAUUGACUCUGACUACCAUUAUCAUCGUCAACAAUAUAAUAUUAGUAGUGAACAAAUUAAAGACACCCUUUUUCUUAAUUGAUGAAUUAACUGUAUCGUCGUCGUCGUCGUCGUCUCAUCCAUCCAUCAUCGUCUUCAUCAAGGUAGGGUUGGUUUUUUAAUUAGUUUGAUGUCUGUCUGUCUGGCUGUCAGUCAUAUUUUGUUUGGGGACUCGAUUACUCUCUGUAAUCAUCAUCAUCGUCAUCAUCUUGCAUCCUUCAA